UCCUGUUGCACAUAUCAUUGUUUAUGCAAAUAAAAUCAUUUUUUCCAAGUGUGGUACUGAACCAAAGCGCUGUCCGUGGUGCUGAACCAAAGCGCUGUCCGUGGUGCUGAACUUAUUGAGGCGCCCUAUUGAAGAUGAAACGCUCCUCUGUUCUCAUUCCUCUCCGCACUCAACUUACUAGCGCACUGUGGUACGACGCUUUUCUGUCUGCUCUGACGGUGCGCGGGAGACGCGAGCAUCUCCAGUGUAGACAAACUUACUUUAGCACUAGGGAAACGUUUUAAUAUUGAAUCUUUAUGUUUAUUACUUGAAGCUUUUAUUUUCGGUGGAGAUGCUGAAGACCGAACGGCGUUACUGAUCCACCUGCAGUAUUUGGGAGUUGAUUUAAAUGCCGCGGAUGACUAGAUGAUCAGACGCAGACCCGUGAGGGAAGUACAUUUUUAACAGCUGUUUUGGAUAUUUUUCCUUGCCCAUACAACAGAGUGAGGGGUCACGUAAUGUUCGCGAAAGGAUGAUUACAUUUCUGGAUAUGUCACCUAUGAAGUCGGAGGCAAAAUAUCGGGGCAGAGGCAUGGUCGGCUUUCGUUUGUAAAUAUUAUAGCAAAGACAUUCGGAUUAUCGGUUUUGUUGGAGUAAGCACAUUUUUGCACCAACUCUCUUCUACCUGGAAUGAUUUUUCAUUUUACUUUACGCCACAAAGCCACUUGUCUCGUUUGAUUACGAUCAAAACAAAUUGAAACCAGACAUUUCAACGCGGUGUCGUAUUUGCAGCAUGGAGACUGACAACUUAAGGGACCGACACUCUCCUUGAAUGCGUCAAGACCGCCGCGGCGAAGGAUGGGCCCUUUUCUCCCGGCGAUUUGCGUCGUGCUGCUCGCCUUGAACGCCGCCGUCUCGCCGGCCUCUGUCGGCCCUGAGGACUAUCCCGCCGCGGACGAGGCCGAGAAAACUGCCAACAAUGACAUCAUUUUCGAUGACUACCGAGGGAAAGGUUGCGUGGACGACAGUGGCUUCGUGUACAAGCUCGGGGAACGCUUCUUCCCCGGCCACUCGAACUGCCCGUGCGUGUGCACGGAGGACGGACCCGUUUGCGACCAACCCGAGUGCCCUAAAAUACACCCAAAGUGCACCAAGGUGGAACACAACGGCUGUUGCCCUGAAUGCAAGGAGGUCAAAAACUUCUGUGAAUAUAGAGGGAAAACCUAUAAAAUCCUGGAGGAAUUCAAGGUGUUUCACCUACAGGGUUCCCCAGCACCCGUGGAAAGGAGCCACUUCACCGCCGCGCCCCCAGCCACUGCUCAUCUGCAAGCAAGAGGCCGGAACGAUAGGCCCUCGCCCUGUGAAUGGUGUCGCUGCGAGCCAAAUAACGAAGUACACUGCGUGGUUGCUGACUGUGCAGUACCGGAGUGUGUCAACCCGGUGUACGAGCCAGAGCAAUGCUGCCCCAUCUGUAAAAACGGUCCAAAUUGCUUUGCCGGAACGACGAUCAUCCCAGCUGGCAUCGAAGUGAAGGUGGACGACUGCACCAUCUGCCGAUGCCAUAGCGGAGACUGGUGGAAGCCUGCGCAGUGCUUGCGGCGGGAAUGCCUCAACGGUCAGACGUCGUAGGAUAUCCUCCGGAGCCACAAGUGGGGACACAAAUGAGACGUGCACAGGGAACGGCCUAACUCAUGACUGCACAAUCGCUUUGGAAAACUGCGGCUGUUGGACGACCUGAGACACACAUAGUGUGCACACACACAACAAGGCAGAAUCAGAGCGAGUCAAUUUUAGUGAGGACACAUUUUGAUCUCCGUGAUGAGUUCAUAGUAGGAUAAAGUUCAGAAAAUCAUGUCCGGGUCUUAACUCGAAAGCAGAUUUUUUGCACAAACAAAAUGAAGCUUGGUUUUCGCACCGUUUUAUUUGUUGCAACAUUUUUAAGUUUCAAAAGUAUACUGCACCAAAUGGUACUCAAUUCCAUCUUGACACUUCCAUCCCCAUUUUUCCCAUCCCUCUUAUUCCCAAUUACGAUUUUCAUUACUGUAAAUUUUUUUGUUGGCAUUACAGUAACAAGAAUUAGGUUUAUUAAAAUAUUAUCAUUAUGGACGUAAAUGAUCAAUACUCUAAUUUUUACUGUAGCACUGUAAUGCUUACUGUAAUUUUUGUUUUAAGUGGGGGCGUCUGAUUCUUGACAGGCUUUAUAAUUUCCAACAACUAAUUUUCAUUACUUGCUUACACGUCUUCAACACUCUUCGUAUAUUUCACAAGAGCACGAGUGCCAUUUAAUCUUUUCAUCUGAGCUUUACGCACACAUUACAUUAUAUUCAAUUAAAGGCAGAAGUAUAUGAUCCGUGUACAAUGAGCGUGACACAAUUUUGUGUAUGCAUACUGUAUGCGCACCGCCAAAUUAUUUAAAAUUGUAUGCAUAGGUCGCUCAUGCGGGUACAGGAGUAUAUAGUAUGUAGGCCACCGGAGGUAUUGCAAUUUUUCCGCAAUAAGCAUGCGUUCAACGUCAGCGCACAUGUUUUAAUUCAAACGAAUUAUGCUUUUGUGCAUUCGACUGUGCGCGUAUGCUUGCAUAUGUGUUUAAAAAAACAGUCUAUAUGCUUAGGUCUUAAAGGGGACAUAUCAUUAAAAUCUAACUUUUUCCAUAUUUAAGUGCUAUAAUUGGGUCCCCAGUGCUUCUAUCAUCCCAGAAAAUGUGAAAAAGAUCAACCCAGUAACUUAGUUUUGGUAAACCAUUCUCUGCAAGCAUGUGAAAAAAUGGGUCAUUGAAAUGUGGCUCCCCUUGUGAUGUCAUAAGGGGAUAAUACAGCCCCUUAAUCUGCACUAUCCAACCACAGCACUGCUAUUUAGUGCAGAGCUCAGCUCAUUUGCAUUUUAAAGGACACGCCCAAAAACAAAUUUUCGCUCACACCUACAAAGUGGCAAUUUUAACAUGCUAUAAUAAAUUAUCUAUGUGGUAUUUUGAGCUAAAACUUCACAUAGGUACUCUGGGGACACUAAAGAUUUAAUUGACAUCUUAAAAAGUCUAAAGGUGAAAUAUCCCUUUUAAACCUCACCAUACACCAUGUUUCUUCAUUUAUCCGAGUUUUGUUUAGUGGUAGUAUUACCCAAAGGUGGCAUGCAUGCUUAAGGUUGUUAACCCCUGACCUAUUUAAAUAAUAAUAAUAAAAAAAAUGAUAAAGUUGCCCCGUGUUAAAAUGCUAAAAUCUGCAGUAAUCUGGAAUACCCUUGUGUUUGCUCUGCCAAGCCUAGACAAACAAGCAUUUCUAGAGGCUAAGAGUUUGAACUUGUUAUCUAAGCAAUUAGCCGACCCAAAGCAGCUUACUUUAAUUUUCCUUAAUCAGGCAAUAUGCAGUGAUAAAUUACCCGCCUCUGCCCUCUGUACUCCAGACAAACAGCCCAGCGUACGGAGGGCUUAAACAAAGAAACGAAUCUGCAUACGGUCUGAUGCUUCAAAGCAACACCGAAAAACACUUCUUUUGAUCUUCAGUGCAUGCGCAACCUCGCCGAGCUGCAAUUUCGUUUUCGGCUAAGAGGGAAGAUGUUGAUCAACCGCACUUUGAGAAGCACUUAAACCAUGAGAACCUCUAAACAGAUUCUGAGCCACUUUCAGCCCACGUUGGCUGGAGACCUGUGAAAACACGACAGGUUAGCAACAGUAAUUCAGGUUUAACGAACGCAAUGCCUAUAGAUUCGCUCAAGGAGCCUCUUCAACAAAAUGCCCACCUUCUUUUUUUCUUUGUCAUUAAUUCAAUCAUAAGUUCACCGAAGCACCUGCGAUUUAUCACUGGUAUUUUCUUCUCCAAGAAAAUUCUUUCCCUUUAACCUUUUAGACUUUUGUUUCUAAGCAUUGAUGGAUGAGCUACUUAAUAACAAAUCUGCAGAUUCCAUAAUGAGAGGAAAAUGAAUUCGGUAGCAUGACCCCCCCCCCUCGCAAAGAAGGUGCUAGAUCUAUACACGUUCACUCCAUGCAUUUUUACCGCAUCCUAGUCCCUUGUAUUUCAAAGUGUGCUGUGUCUCUCUAUAGCUUUAGGUGCCAAGCCUGUAAAUCUACACAUCAUUAAGUCUUUACAGAAAUAAUAAACUCUAAAAGCCUAUAAAUGGCAUAUAUAGUAAAGGUCAAAAGAACACUAUUAAACACAUAUCACAAAUUUAUCGCAAUUUAUUGCAGAACAUGUGAAGGCUUUAGUGUAGUUGUAGAUUCAUCUAAUAAACAGAAAGGGUGACACAAAGGUCAUCAAAAAAGCCUUAAGGACCCAAACAUGACCCACAGCUACAAGUAAACCUACCGUCUAGGUCAGGGUUGGGCAUUCCUGGUCCUGUUUAGCUCCAACUCUAAUCAAACCUGAAAAUCCCAAUAAAAGGCUUCAGUAUGAUUUGGAAAUGGCAUUCAGGUGUUUUUGAUUAGGGGUGGAGCUAAACUUUACAGGAUCAGGAAUGCCCACCUUGGUCUAUGUUAACUAUAGACCUGAUAUAAGCCCUGUACCAAAUGGCGCACUUCAUGUGGACUUUCGGUCUCAUGGCCUUAAAUUAUGCGUGCUCACUUAGUCUACGAGUCCGUAGGGUGUCCCAUCUGUCAUUUUUACGCUUUGAAGUGUGCUCAUCAGCGAUGCGGUCUUCAGCCCGCACUUCAGCGGCUUCGUGCACUUUACCAACCCAGGAGUCCUUGCGAACGAGCAAUCAGACCAUUCAGACGACGGGAGGGAGGAGUUCACACUGAUGGACAACUUCUCUUCCUAUUUCUGGCUUGACGCUCAAGUCUGUACCAAAAUACGACUCCAGUGCACCCAAUUAGACUCGUAUCAAGGGUACCUAUAGUCUGCACUACAUGAUAUCAUCAAAGUGUAGACUCUGAAGAGGACCACAAGUCCGGAAUGUGCCAUUUGGGACGGGCCAUAGUCCGACUAUGAGUAACCCACUGCUAGCCAAAAUAAACAUGUUUAUUAUAAAUAAGAUUUUUAUUUCAGCAACAGUCAACAGUGAUUACAGGGUGUUUGGUUUCAUUUUUAUUUUUUUGGGCUAUCAAAUAUAUAAAUUAAUGUACAAAAUAAUUUCAAAUUAUAAAAUUUUCAGACAGCCCAAAUUUUGCCUCAUUGUAGCCUAUGUUUGGAUCACUAUUACACGUCUUUUAACUGCAACAUUGCUUGCAGGGAUCCUAACGAUUGCAGAAGUCUUUGUUAAAUGACAAAGCAGAUAAGGAUUUCUAACCUAAACUCAAAAUGAGCUUUAAAGCUCUGCAAGGAUAUUUGCUAGGUACAUCAUCCCGCAUAAUCACUGUUUAUUUUGAUCUCAUGUUAUCCAACUAAAGCAAUCACACUUAUGGUUGGAUCUCACAACUACAUGGAUUACAUUUCAUCCAUAAAUCAAAGGAAAAUUUAUAUUUUUCAAAAAGGAGAUGAUGAUUUAAGACCACUCCCAGAUAGCAAUAGACUAGUGCAGAUCCGCCCCAGAUCUGCCGACUUCAGAGCGGAUGCGGUGUGGCCUCGGAGUUUAUUGCUAUAUGGGUUAAGACUUUUUGUAUUGCGCCAUUCAUGAUUUUAAAGUUGCUUACUGAUUUCCAAUUGUUCUCUAUAAUACAAUAUUUAUAUUACUGUAUUUUUAAACAAUGUGUUACAAAACAUGCUACUGUGUGUAAAUAAUAUAUAUCAUUUUUACAUCGCAGUAAUGCUGAUUGGCAGGAAAAUGUGCUUGAUCGUCAUGGAAAGUUGCAACACAUUUUAAUGGUGCUGAAUAAGCCAUUUCAUUCACACAAAAUGUAGUUUGUGCACUUUUCAAUACGACCUAGACGUGCCCUUGAUAAGUACCCAAAUUCAGUCUCACUACUGAAACAAAAUGUGUCCUUGAAAUAUUAUAAUGCUGUUUUUUAAUAUUACCCUUAAACGUUCAUAAAACUUAACAGCUGUUUAUUGUUUUGGCACACGUCGCAGAUCAUUCUACACGGGACGUCCUGAGAGUCAUAACUGAAACUGUGUCUUAUUUAUUAACUGAAAGUCAGCCGUGAUGCAUCAGACUCCCAUCUGGCUUUAUGAAUUUUCCCAUUUUCUAAUGACAAUCACGUGGAACCCACAGUUUGAUGACGUUAACGACGUCCCGAUCCGAUCCUCUUAAGGAAGGGCCGGCUUCUGCCAGCGACGUAAAGAGAUUCUGCAUCACGCUUCUGAGACCUUACUCUUGUACACAUGGCCUUCAAAAUCUGUCAAUGUCUCCGUCAUUCACUGUCAGUUUUGUAAAGGUGAAUCAUUGCUCUUUUUUUGAGACACUGACUAACUGUAGCUGAAAGCUGUGAAAGAUUGUUCUUUUUUCUAAACAAAACUGUUAUACGAACUUGUGCCUGAAAACAAACUGCAUCUGUAAUGAGAGGAAAAAAUACUGUUAAAACAAUCAGCUUUUAUUACUCGAGGGCACUGAGGGAUAAUUUUACUUUAAAAUAUGUAUCAUUUAACAUUCUUUGUGCUUUUGUUGAAAUUGACGGUGCACCGAAAAAUUACAAUUCUGUCGUUUACUCGCCCUAAUGCUGUUCCAUGAGACCACCUGCGGACCUCCAGUUUUUUUUUUGUUUUUCUUGAAAACGACAGGGAAUGCAUUUACAUUUAUUUAGCAGACACUUUUAUUCCGAGUGAAUUACAAAUGAGAAAGCAUUUAACAAGAGACAAAGCUAUGUUUACAAGUUGGAAUAGUAAUGAAACAGGAUUAAACUGCUUUUUUGUUCAAAUCAAAAUUAUUCAUAUCUAUACAUACUGAUGUGGAACAAUGUGAAAGUAAGUAAACAAUGACAAAAUUGUAAUUUUUAUUCGGUGAGUUAUUAAAAUAUGUGCGUUCCAUUUUUACAGGAGACGGUACAACGCCCAGGUGCCCUUUCUAAUGUAUAAACAUGUAAAUAUCUCCAAACAUUUAAUGUGUAUUCUGAAUAUUCAGAGAUAGAAAGAGGAUUAAAAAUCGUGUAUUAUUUAUGAAGAAAACUAUUUUGUUAAAUAGACCGAAAAGUGUUAUUCAGUAAAAAAGAAAGACGGUG